AUGGCUGGAAAGCUGCCCAGCAGAGAAAGACCUGAGGGUGUUGGUCGACAGCCACCUGAAGACGAGCCAGCAUGUGCCCACGUGGCCAAGAAGGCCUGCAUCAGGAAUUAUGUGACCAGCAGGAUCAAGAAAGUGAUUGUCCCUCUGUGCUUAGCUCUGAUGAGGCCACACCUUGAGGAGUGUGUUUCAUUUUGGGGCCCUUGCUUCAAGAUGGACGUUGAAGUGCUGCAAUAUGGCCAGAGAAGGGCAAAGAAGCUGGUGAAGGGUCCAAAGAACAAGCUUGUUGUAAGCCUGGUAACCAGAAGCCAGCAGCUUGAGGAGGCAGGAGCUGAAGGCAGGCAGAAGCCUCCAAAGCAGGCGGGUUUGGAGCGCAAGUGCUGGCGCACCCCAGCGCUGCCGCCCUGCUGCGGCGCCGAUGAACGUUUGAUUCAGCGCCGUGCUCGGAAGCAGCCGAAGAGGAGGGAAGGCGGCAAACCCGGGGUCGUAAAGAGGAAGAGCAGCAUCGCAAGCGUUCCUGGAGCUCGCUCCAGCGUGCCAGCUGCUCUGCCGCGGCAUAAACCGGUGCUACCUGUCGCCGGGGCUCGGUGCCAGCAGCUCUCCGUUCCCCCCCCCCCCGCUCCUCCUCCUCCCGCUCGCUUCUCCUGGAGCCAGCCCGGCCGGGGGAGGAGCCGGAGCCGGCCUCGCACAAAACCUCCCUCCCGGCCCCUCCGGCCCCCGCACCGGCACCGGCACCGGCGGCGGGGGGUGGGGGGGGAGCAGCCCGGCCAGCGCCCGCCCCGGAGCCAUGCGCGGCGCGGCGGAGCCGGUGGGGCCGGGGCAGGGCGGCGGCCGCCCGGGGCCAUGAGCACGGCGGCGGCAGCGGGAGGGGGGCCGGGGCGGCGGCGGAGCGGCGGCGGCGGCGGCAGGCGGCGGCGGGGGCCACUGCGCUCCCUGGGCAGCCUGGCCGGGAGGCUGCUCCGCACCUGGGCGCGCCUGGCCGGGGGCCGCGGCAGGCACCGAGCCGCGCCGGAGGACGACGAAGGGGGCUUCCGAGGGGAGAACGGCCCCGGCGGGGAAAGGCGGCGGCGGCGGCGUCAGCAGCAGCAGCAGCCCGGAGAGGGAGCGGUGGUGACGGGGAACGGGAGCGGGGUGCGGGGGGAGCGGCCACCGGGCGCGCAGGGGCUGCGGAACCACGGCAACACCUGCUUCAUGAACGCCGUGGUGCAGUGCCUGAGCAACACGGCCCCGCUGGCGGAGGUGCUGGCGCUGGGCCGCUACCGGGCCCCGGCGGGCCGUGCCGAGGUCACCCACCGGCUGGCGGCCCUGGUCCGAGCGCUCUGGACCCGCGACUACACCCCGCAGCUCUCCGCCGAGUUCAAGAACAUCGUCUCCAAGCACAGCGCGCAGUUCCGCGGCAACGCGCAGCACGAUGCCCUCGAGUUCCUGCUCUGGCUGCUGGACCGCAUGCACGAGGACCUGGGCACUGCUUCCCCUGCCCCGCAGACCCGUGGCCCCGAGGAGCCUGUUGAGGAUGGGAACAGUGGUGCCAGCAGCUCAUCUCCAGCCACCAGGCAUCCCCGUGGGCAGAGCUUUGUGCAGAGCCACUUCCAGGCACAGUACAGGUCCUCCCUCACCUGCCCUCACUGCCUGAAGCAGAGCAACACCUUUGACCCUUUCCUGUGCAUCUCCCUUCCCAUCCCCUUGCGCCAGACCAGGGCUCUCAAUGUCAUCCUGGUGCUGCAGUGCGAGCGCCGGCGGUUCCUGCGGGUGGGACUGGCUGUGCCCCUCCUGGGCACCGUGGCCCAGCUGCGGGAGAUGGUGGCCCGGGAGGGACACAUCCCACCAGAGCAGGUGAUCCUGGCCGAGGUGUCCCCGCAGGGCUUCCUGCGCUCCCUGGGUGACUCGGAGGAGCUGGGUGCUGCUGGGGAGGGUGCUCCCCUCUACGCCUUCCAGCCGCCCCCUGCCCGCCACCCAGGGUGCCCCCGCAGCCUGCCUGCCUCACCUGGGGCAGCCCAGCCCGAGGCCCAGCGCCCACUGCCCUCUGCUGCCCGCUCCUCCGACUGCCUGCACCGCGGAGCCUCUGGACGCGUCCUGCUGCUGCUCUGCAAUGCGGUGAGCGAUGGGCACCGCCUCGCCAGGUUUGGGCCACCACUCGUGCUGCGGGAGGAGCGGGGCACCUCCUGGGAGCAGCUGCAGCAGAGCAUCCUGGGCCAGCUGCGGGUCCUGCUGCGGGCAGAGGUGUGGGCACAGGGCAUGGGUGUCCCCCUCUUCCGCAUCCGCCUGGCUGAGGGCAUGGAGCCCUGCACCUACCUGUCCCCACAGGACCCCCAUCCCCUCUGCCACCCUGCCAUCGACAGAGCCCUGCAGCUGAGCGGGUCAGGUGGCCCUCCCCACGUGAAGCUGAUGGCAGAAUGGGACCUGAACACCAAAGAGCGCCUUUUUGGCAGCAUCCAGGAGGAGGCGGUGGAGGACGCGGAGAGCGUUCGGCUGCAGCAGCAAGCGCACCGCCAGCAGCCCAGCUGCACGCUGGACGAGUGCUUCCAGCUCUACACCAAGGAGGAGCAGCUGGCCCCGGACGACGCCUGGCGCUGCCCGCACUGCAAGGUGCCCCAGCAGGGCACGGUGAAGCUGAGCCUCUGGACGCUGCCCGACAUCCUCAUCAUCCACCUGAAGCGCUUCCGGCAGGUGGCUGAGCACCGGCACAAACUCACCACGCUGGUGAGGUUCCCCCUGCGGGGGCUGGACAUGGCCCCGCAUGUGGCACAGCGCGGCCAGGCCGGGGGGCAGCUGGUGGGGCGCUGGGCAUCCUGGCAGCCUUCGCUCUGCCUGCCCCCGAGCUGCCCCCGAGACUACCUCUACGACCUGUACGCCGUCUGCAACCACCAUGGCAGCAUGCAGGGCGGGCACUACACGGCCUACUGCUGCAACGCCCUGGAUGGGCGCUGGUACAGCUACGACGACAGCCGCGUGGAGGGGGUGCGGGAGUCGGAGGUGAGCACCCGCAGCGCCUACAUCCUCUUCUACCAGCGCCGCCACGCCGGCAGGGGCUCGGCCACCUCCUCGCUGUCUCGCCACUGGCUGGCUCGCCUGGGCAACAGCACCCGCGCCACGGCCUCGUCUCCCUCGGCCACCCAGCUGUCCCCGCCUGGCACCCCCGAUGCCACCCUGGAGAAAGGUGGCUUCGAGGCCAGGCCGCUGGUGCGGGGUGUGCAGGGUCGCAGCCUCAGUGUCAAGCUGUCCCCGUCCCGCAGCCCGCCCCGGGCCGGGCCCCCGCGCUGGUCCUUCUCGGGCAGGGAGCGGGCGCGGCCGGGGGAGCUGGUCACGUACCUGGAGUCGGGGCGCAGACCCCGCUGCACCCGCCGUGCCCUGCUGCCGCUCGCCUCGGGGGGGGACAGUGGCCCCGACACCCCUCUGACCUCCAGCCCUGUGCCAAGCGACCCCCCAAAGCAGGGCCUGGGCACCGCCCGAGCUGCCCGACAGCCCUUGCGUGUGCCCACACUGCGUCGAGCUGCCAGCGCCGGUGCCGAGGGAUCCCUGCGGCUGCCCCCCAAAAGCCAGAGCAGCCCCAGGGUGCUGCGGGCAGAGGGGGACACGAGUGCCCCUGUGAGCGUCCCCCCAGUUCAGCUGUCCCCCCAGCCAGUGGCAAUGGCGAGGUCACAGAGCUCGGCCAGUUUGCCCCCACGCCCCAAGGGGGUUCUGCGGCGAUCAGCAUCGCUGGGUCGGGGCGCAGGGGGCACCCCCUUGCUGCCUGCCCAGGGCCCCCCCGGUGCCACACUGCAGAGGGGACGGCAGCCCCUGAGCUCGCUGUGCCCCCUACCUGUGCCCGAGUCCAGCUUCUGAGCCAUGACUGGGGCAUCACCAUUUGUGACAGCCCAAACUGGGGGAGCCCAGGCUGGGACCAUCCUGAAUGGGAGGUUUCCAAACUGAGGGCUUCUGAACUGGGGGGGCUUCCAAACUGGAGCCAUCCCAAAACAGGGGCUCCUGGAAUGGGGGCUCCUAAACUGGGAUCAUCCUGAACUGGGCACUUCUCAAUUGGUGGCUCCCAAACUGGGUGUUCCUAAAGUGGAGCUAUCCCAAACCAGAUGUUUUUGAACCAGGGGUUCCUGAACUGGGACCAUCCCUAAUCAGGAUCUCCUGAACUUGGACCAUCUUGGAUUAGUGGCUCCUGAACCAGGGGCUCCAAAACUGGGGCCAUCCCUAACCAGAGGCUCCUGAAACCAGGGCAUGCUGAACUGGGGGCUCCCAAAUUGGUGGCUCCUGACCUGGGAGCUUAAAAUCUGGAGCCAUCCUGAACCAGGGUUCUUGAACUAGGGGCUUCUGAACUGGGACCAUCUCUAACCAGAGGCUUCUGAAAUGGGGCCAUCCUGAACCAGGUGCUCUCAAACUCAGGCUUAUCCCUAACUGGGGAUGUCUCAACCCAAGGGCUCCUGAACCAUGGGAUCAUAACUAUGGACAUCCCAAAGCAGGGUCAUCCUGAAACAGGAACAUCCCAACCUGGGACAUGGGUGGCAUCUGGACCCAAGGGCUCCCAAACUGGGGGUCUUCACAUAUCCCAAAGCUGUGUCAUCCCAAAUUGGAGGCUCUCAAGCCAGGGGCUCCCAAACUGGGACCAUCUCUAAUCAGAGACACCUAAAUCAAGGCAUCCCAACCCAGGGGCAUCUCAAACUGGGAUUAAUCCUGAAGAGGUGUCUCAAAGCAGGGACAUCCCAUCCCAGGGCAUCCCAAACUGGGAUUAAUCCUGAAGAGGUGGCUCUCAAAGCAGGGACAUCCCAGCCCAGGGACAUCUCAAACUGGGAUUAAUCCUGAAGAGGUGGCUCUCAAAGCAGGGACAUCCCAGCCCAGGGACAUCCCAAACUGGGAUUAAUCCUGAAGAGGUGGCUCUCAAAGCAGGGACAUCCCAGCCCAGGGACAUCUCAAACUGGGAUUAAUCCUGAAGAGGUGUCUCAAAGCAGGGACAUCCCAUCCCAGGGACAUCUCAAACUGGGAUUAAUCCUGAAGAGGUGGCUCUCAAAGCAGGGACAUCCCAACCCAGGGCAUCCCAAACUGGGAUUAAUCCUGAAGAGGUGUCUCAAAGCAGGGACAUCCCAUCCCAGGGACAUCCCAAACUGGGAUUAAUCCUGAAGAGGUGUCUCAAAGCAGGGACAUCCCAGCCCAGGGACAUCUCAAACUGGGAUUAAUCCUGAAGAGGUGUCUCAAAGCAGGGACAUCCCAUCCCAGGGACAUCCCAAACUGGGAUUAAUCCUGAAGAGGUGGCUCUCAAAGCAGGGACAUCCCAGCCCAGGGACAUCUCAAACUGGGAUUAAUCCUGAAGAGGUGUCUCAAAGCAGGGACAUCCCAGCCCAGGGGCAUCCUGAACUGGUGUCUCUAUAUCCAGGGACAUCCCAGCCCAGGGACUUACUGGCUUGAGGAGCAUCACCCACUCACGCCCCGUGCCCCUUCCUGGGGUGGGUGAGUGGGCAGGGGGUCUCCUCCAGCCCCUUGUCAGCAGAGUAUUUAUUGAUCCCAGGAGAGCUUCACGCUGCAGGCGCUUUUUGUUUUCUAAAAGGCGCCUGUCUGGGGGCGGGCAGGGCCCCCGCACCAGGUCUAUGCAACAGGCGAUUCUCCAGCCAGCUUUUGUACGCGGGGCUGCGGCCCCACCGCCGGCGGUUUCUAUUAAAGACACCAGAAGGA